GCGGGCGGAGCGGGAGUGCGCGCGGGCUCGAGCCCCGUCCGGCUGCCCGGCGGACCCGAGGACCCGCACGAUGCGUCGCGAGCCCGGCGCGGUGGCGGCGCUGCUGCUCGCGCUGCUCGCCGAGUGCACAGAGGCCAAAAAACAUUGCUGGUAUUUUGAAGGACUCUAUCCAACAUAUUACAUAUGCCGCCCUUACGAGGACUGCUGUGGCUCCAGGUGCUGUGUGCGGGCCUUAUCCAUACAGAGGCUGUGGUAUUUUUGGUUCCUCCUGAUGAUGGGUGUGCUCUUCUGCUGCGGAGCGGGCUUCUUCAUCCGGAGGCGCAUGUACCCCCCACCACUGACUGAGGAGCCUGCGUUUAAUGUGUCCUAUACCAGGCAGCCACAGAGCUCUGCUCCAGGUGCCCAGCCCCCGGGGCUGCCCUACUACGCCGACCCCGGAGGACCAGGGCUGACUCCUGCGGGCAGCACCGUGGCCAUGGCUUACCAGGUGCAGCCACACUCCCCGCAGGGUGGCACCGCCUACCCGCCGCCCCCAUCCUACUGCAACACCCCACCGCCCCCCUACGAGCAGGUGGUGAAGGCCAAGUAAGGCUGCCACCCACC